UCUAUACUAUGGUCAUUCAGAGUUCAUAGUCGAAGUGUAUUUUUUUUAAUUCUAUAAUAAUUUUAAUCGUUUAUAAAUAAACAUUUAUUGUAAUAUUAUCUAAUAAUAUGACUCAAGAUCUUAUAAUGUAAAAACAAAUUGAUUAAUAAUGAGUCUGUGUGAACGGUGAUAUUGUAAACCUCUUGUCAAAGAGUAUUUUAGUCCUAGUUUUGUAAACAAAUUCUUAUCAAUACGACAAUGUGUUGAGUGGUCUGAGCUUGUUGUAUUACAUCUUUAUGAUGGCAUCUCUUCCUGAAAAUGUUAUGGUUUCGGUGGUAACUAAUAGUAAUCUCGAUAUUAUACAUUGUUCGGAAAAUUUUACUGCUGAGGAAUUGUGCAUACAUUUGUGUAACAAGUAUAAUAUUCCGCCACUGACGCGUGCGUUGUUUGCAUUGAGAGUUAAGGGUACCAAUUAUUUCCUCAAUGCUAAUAGUGAAGUCCUCCAAGGAAGCAGAGAUUAUGAAUUGCGAAUUCGCUUUAUGGUGCCCAAAUCAAAUCUCUUCAGAUUGUUGGAUGAGAAGACUUUCGAUUACUAUUUUCAGCAGGCACGUAAUGAUAUAAAUGAUAAUAAAGUUACUGAAAUCAAAUAUCCAGAAUAUAAAGAGCAGCUGCUGGGCCUGGGUAUCACUGAAAUGUGUCGUGCCAUGACAGAGGAAAAUCUCUCAUUAAAUGAUGUAAUUAGAAAUCGAAAGAAGUACAUCCCAAAGAUCAUAGUAAAGAAACAUGGGCCAUUUCCUAAGAAACGCGCAAAUACUCACGUUCCUAUACUAUGCGCCCAAGGUUAUACUGCACGUUAUUUUAAAACAUGUUACAUGGAACAGUUGUACACAUUGGCACCUAAUUAUUUAGCGGAGGAGUUUAAUAAUGUAUUAUUGCAAAAUGGUGAUGAUGUAGUUCCAGUGAGAGUUAUUGUUGCGCCGUUUCAUAAACAAUACCCUGGCAUACGGUACUUCAAUACGGUAUCAAGAGAGUGGGUUCAUGUAUGCAUCAUAGACGAUUUAAUUUAUUUAAUGAGAAAAGAUGACCUGUCUUUGGAAGUUUCCAGGAAAGGAACACCUUUAUAUUUCAAAUUUGCGACUGAAGAGCAACUUUCCUCUUUCAUAUCCAUCUGUGAUGGUUACUACAGGUUGAUGGUUAAAUGGACAUUCAACCUUUCAAAAGAUGACGAAACGCCGUCGUUGAAAGAAUUGUACAGACUGAAGUGCCAUGGUCCUGUUGGUGGUGCGUUUUCAUAUCGGAAAUUACAAGUGAAAUGUUCAAACAAGCACGGUUGUUACUUGCUACGACAGUGUCACGAGGAGUACAACGUCUUUUAUUUGGACGCGUGUAAUAAAAACAGCACCCCAGAGACCUACAAAAUCGAGUUUAAGGGACAUGGAUAUAUAUUUCUCAAUAAAGAAUAUCCCAGCAUCGAAAGUAUUAUUAGCCAACACAAAAACUCCAAAGGACAGAUAUUCUUAAACGAAUGUUUACCACCUUCUGAAUACGAUGAAUCUCAAGUGCUAUUAUGUAGUAAACCUGAGAGGCAAGGCGUGCAUAUAGAUCAGUCAGAAUUGACGGAAGCACUUAAGACCAACAGGAGCCCGCGUUGUUUGCUCAAUAAGGAUAUACACUUAUAUAUAGGUUCGGAGAAGUUCGGCGCUGGGAAUUUGACAAUGACCUGCAAAGCCAUUUGGAAAAUAGAUGAGACUAAGAAACUUAUUGUUGCUUUCAAAGCUCUACAGCAGGAUGAACAUUUAAAGGGCUUCAUGACUUUAGCAAGCAAGUACGUGAACAUCCAGUCUAGUUCAAUAAUACGUUUAUACGGCAUGACAUUUAAUUCUCCCACCGCACUUGUCCUCGAGUAUAUGCCGUACGGGCCUUUGAACGAGUAUCUCAAGAGCAAUGGCGGCAAGGUGAAGCCGUUGGAGCUGCUAAAGGUGUCAGCGAGUGUAGCACGAGCACUAUGGGACCUAUCGGAGGCUGGUGUGGUUCACGGGCGGCUGCGUUGUCGCCGUUUGCUACUUGCCGCCGCUGCGCCUGACCGUUUAAUUGUCAAGUUAGCCGGGCCCAGCUUGCGGCCGUAUACUGUUGACGAUGUACAUUGGAUGCCAGUUGAAUUCUUUGAAGAUAUGAAUUUGGCGAAGCGGUCUGUAGUCGGAGACAUAUGGGCAUUUGCGACCACUAUCUGGGAGGUGUUCUCCUAUGGACUGUCUCCAUUGGAAACAAAUCCAGUUAUGACUGCCAUCAGUUACAAGAGAGGCAACCGGCUAAUGCAGCCGGCGCUGUGUCCCGCGGAGGUGUGGACGCUGGUGCAGCAGUGCUGGCAGUCGAGUCCGUUACGGCCGCAGGAAAUCAUGAGGGACCUCAACCAUAUGCUCUACAGAGAGGAUGCGAAUAUCCACGAAUAUGAGCAGCCGAAGGUCACCAAUCACAUAGCCAUGAACACCGUUAUAGCAAGUGACCGAUAUAAUUCUAAUGAGCAAAGUGACGUUGCCAGCAACCGAUCUCUGAUCUCCAAUGGCAGCACAAUAUUCAUGAAUGGUGGUACUGUGCAUCAAGUGAACGGAAACAGAUUAGCGGUAGGUAUAGCGAAUGAGGAUGCAUCGAGCGUGCCUCGCGAACCUCUGGAGUUUCCGGUAGAAUUGAAAGUCAGCGAAGAUGACUGGCAUCAUGAUAAGCCCUUGCCGAUGCAGGCAAUCGAAUCACACGGAACAACCUACCUCGUUAGUUGCAAGGAGAAAAUUGGAGGUGGUAGUUAUGGAGUAGUAUUCAAAGGAUUAAUGUUCAGUGAACACGACAACAGUGGAGUCCCAACCACUGUGGCGGUCAAAAAACUCACUCCACAAAAGACGAGUGCAAAUAUGUCAGCAUAUGCUGACUUUGAAAAUGAAUUGAAAAUCAUGAAAUGUUUAAAACACGAAAAUAUAGUGAAAAUAUUAGGUUACUCAUGGGAAGAUCAGAGUCCAGACCCGACCGUGUUUAUCGUAAUGGAAUAUCUCGAGGAGAGUUCUCUCAACAACUACCUCAAGUUUCAGGGCGAUAAACUAAGUAUUUCGCAUUUGCUUAAAUACGCAACGGACAUCGCUACGGGUAUGGAAUAUAUUUCGAGUAAGAAAAUAGUGCAUCGUGAUUUAGCGACGCGUAAUAUAUUAGUAGUAGAUAUAUGUCGAGUGAAAAUAUCCGAUUUCGGACUAGCGCGAAGGAUACCCGGUGUCGAUGUAUAUCAACUGAAGACAGAGAGGCUACUACCUUUCAACUGGUAUGCGCCGGAGUCCACCACACAUCCGUUUUUGUUUUCGACUAAAAGCGAUGUGUGGUCCUACGGUGUCACCAUGUGGGAGAUAUUUACACGCGUCCGCCAGGAAGUGCCCAAAUUUGAUGUUGAACGACCCAGAGAACGCGCCUCUUGCUUUCAAAUACCAAAUGACUGCCCUUCGAAGAUAUAUAGGCAUUUGAUGACGGAUUGCUGGAAUUUAGAUCCACAACUACGUCCCAACUUUACAGAUCUUAGACAAAUUUGCCAUGCAUUCCUCGAUGAGUACAAACAGAUUUCGGAUUAAUUAAACUGUGUAAAAAAAAAAUCUGCCUAUGUAAAAAAAAUAUGUAAUUAUGUUUGAGUCUGACAUGGAUAAUUUUAUAUAAAUACAUAUAUAUUUUUGACCACAAUUAUUAGUCUAAAUGAAGAUAAUUUUGGGUGAUAUAUUUAGAUCUAAUGCCACAAAGUUAAAAAUGUUGCAGUUUCUUUACAUUUUAACUGUUAUUGCCAUUUAAGUUAUUUAACUAGAUUCGGUUUUAAAGUGUAGUUAACAUAGUCGUUAUUUUUUUUGACAUGCUGUCGACUGGUCAACGUGGGCAAUUUCUUAGUGAAAGGAUUAUGAUCAAAUAUAUCGGUUUGUAAUUUAACGGUUUUAUUAUUAUAUUUAAGAGCAUCUCCGCUUAUAAACCAGUGUGAAAUACGGCUUUAUGCUUGAAUCACUUAUUGUAUAUAAAUGUAUAUAAGAAAUAUUUUUAGGUUCCUACUUACAAUUUUGUACGUCUCUAUUUAAUUGCCUUGUUUGACCAUGUUAAGUCGGAUUUAUAUUUCAAUAUUUAUAUAUUUUUUUCAAUAAAGCGCUAUCCAUACAGCUCCGGGUCCACCCUCUAUAAAAUUGCAUACAUUUGUACUUGCUCAUAAUUUUAAAUCAGGCCUAUCCGACAUCUUAUUAUCUUGCAGCGUAUUGUGACUUAUCCAUACGCCAUAACUGUUUCGCACACUGAAACGACGUUUUGUUAUAUCUGCGUAAUAUAUGAUUGUGUAUAAUGAAUUUAAUAAAUAAGCAAUUAAUAAUAAAAGGAUUCGUCGCUGUGCUAAAACGUCGGAAUCAGUGUACGAACAUAGCGAUGUGUAUGAACACGGGUAAUGGAUGUGAUAUUUGAGCUUGGACUGUCGGUGUUGUGUUAAUUAAAAGAUAUUAAAUUUUUUUUUUAAAUAAUAAUUUUACUACAUUUUUAAUUCAAAAGUUUUAUAAUUUAUACGACUAAAAUACAAAAACGAUCGAUGUUAACCGCAGUGUCUAACCGGGCGGGUAGAUACAUACUUUAUUAUUUCCCCGCGUUCUAGGCAUCCUUCGUUUGUCAGUUGGACUUAUCACAAACUGUACUGAUGUUCUAUGUAAAUAUAAUUAUGAAUUUAACUAUACAAUAAUUUAUUUAUUUGCCAUGUACAUUUUUGCUAUCGAGAUAUUUACGAAUUUAGUGACAGCACAAGAUUUUGUGUAUUUCUUUAUCAUCAAUUUAAUUUUUAUAACUAUACUUAUUAAAUAUACAAAGUAUAAUAAUGCAUUUUAAGAAAUUUAUGUACUAAUUUAAUGUCUGCCCUCUUACGGGUAUAUGUAUUUUAAAUGUUUGACUUGUGUUUUAAAUCUACGUGUUUUAAUUAUACAGUAAAUCAAUUUUCCUUGCCAUAUUUUACUUUGUGUUUAGAAAAUACUAUAUUUUAGGAUCUUAUUUUAAGGCAAUCCUUGUAAUAUAUAAAUAAUUUAAAUAUUAUAUAAGUUUUUACAGAGAUCGACGAUUUUUUAAAAUCUAGGGAAUUGGAGAUUCAAAUUUUGUUCAGUCCUCUUAUCUUAUUUUGUAGACCUGAUUAUCUAAUGUCUAAUAGGUAUUCCGUAAUUCGAUCUUACAUAGUUUAAUUGCAAUUUUAUUAAAAUAAUAUUUAUACCUGAAAACGUGUUUGGCGGUUUAUAAUUUUCUUACAUAAUAAUGUUACUAUGACAGUGUUUGAAAAAUAAGUAAAAACAAAAAGUUAGUACUUUCCUACUGCCCUGUAAUAUCAAAUAUUCUAUAAAGUCAAUUUUAACACGAUUAUAUUUGCUGCUACAAUAUAUUUAUUUCUAUAUUGCUUUUUAAGUUUAAUCCUAAUACAGGGAACAUAGUUUGAGACUGGAUUUUUUUUAUAAUUGUACAUUAAUUUAUAUAUCUGGUAGAGUUUCCUUAUUAAAUAGACACAUACACAUAGUAGGAAUGAUAUAACAAGCGAAACAUACAAACAUCGCCUGAAUACGAAUACCUUUUUUGUGGUUCCUUUAAAGCAUUUUAUUUAGUUUUGUGUGUGUAGUAUCUAAGUUUGAAGCUGUAAAUGUUAUGUUAGAUGCCUGUUUUAUAUUGCUAAGUGUAACGUGAACCUAAACGAUUUCUUAUAUUCACGAAUACUUGCCGAGAUUUUAAAUAUAUUUUAGUGCAAUGAUAAUAAGUGAUGUAUACAUAUUAAGAAUUUCAAUGACUUCUUUUGUUCAAUCAAAAAGAUGAAGCUAUAUUUGCCAUAAAUUACAAUUAUUUUUACAAAAUCAUGUGAGAUGUUAGCAAUCUCUUAUAUUAUAUUGUAUAAAUAUAUACCAACAUAUUAUUCUUUUAGUUUUUACAUUGGAUACAAAAUUAAAUUUGUCUUAAAAAGAACACUGAAUUUCUACCGUUCCUUUUUGAUUUGUGUUUACAGAUAGUCAUAGUUUUGACUGACAUGAAAAUGAGCUUCUCAAAUAAUUUAUUAUAUAUUUUUAAUGUGUUACGUAUAAUGUACUAAAUUAUUUUUAAUUCGAGUUCGGCCUUUUCGAUAGUAUAACCUGUAAUGCCGUCCUUUAAACGAAAUUAAAAAAAUUCCUCUAAAAAAUUAGAAACUUCAAAUAAUUAACUAGUGUUAAAAAGUCUUUGUUAAGGGUUGCAGGGUUAAGAAUUGUAAUGCGAAGUACAGUUGCGACAAUAGUUAUAUUAUAUAUAGUUAUUUAAUUUGCGCAGUUAAACUAUUUAAAUCAAUAUCUAUGGGAUAAAUGAACUUGACUAUUAUACAAAAAUUGAAUUGCUCUUAUUAUAAUAUAUAUUUAUAUAUAUUAUUUAUAAAAUAUGUCACCUUUUUUACCAGCCUAGAAAAUGAAUUUGUAAUUAAUUUGCAAAAUAAUUGUUUUAAAAAUAAUUUUAUAAAUCGUCAUGAAACGUCAAUUAAUAUUAUAAAAUGUUAACUGAAGUGUUAUAAUGCAAUGUUUGUUAAAUCUUGCUUCUGUAACCAUUCUAAAAUUCCAUUAGAAGUCUACAUUUUUUAUAAUAUUGAUGUCUUAUAUAAAUACAUAGAAAAGUGACGUUAUUGUUCUAACAUAAUUAGCAUGGUACAAUAUAUUUUGUAAGAUCAAAUAGUAACUUUCCACCUGACUGUAUGUUAUAAAUGUACAUUUACAUAUAAAACAUCAACAAAUUUUGAUAUUUGUAACACUAUCGUUAGUCAUGCUUUACUUAUGUAUACAUAUAUCUUUGGGGUUGCCAGUUCUCGAUAAAAUCCAUAAUAAUUCUAAAGAAAUUUAGCAUUGUUAUUAUUUAUUUAUUGAUAGAUUUGAUUGUUAUUUUUUUCUGACACCAGUAAGAUAAUUGUUGUUACCGAUUCGACUAUUUUGCUACCAAAAUACUAUAAUUAUAAAGUACAGAGCAACGCCUUGCUGUCGGCGACUAUUUAACUGAUCCGUAUUGAUAAAAGCAUACUUAGAAUUCGUAUUCCACGAAGUAUAGAUAUAUUUAUCUAUGGACUGAUUAGAUCUAGGUUUAGAGCGUAAUUAACGAAAUUACACUUUAUGUAGCGAUGACGUCACUUCUCUAAUUUGGAGUAUACAAUUAUUUAAGUGCUUGUGUGAACACGGUCUGGUCUUUAGAAUGGUUAAAAGCAUUAUUAACCAAAGAUGAUAUUAAAUAAUCUAGAGAUUAAAUUAUUAUUUUAAGUAUAGCUGUUAUUUUUUAUUUUUUCAUUUACAAUUUUUGCAAUCAUGUGUCAAUUUAAAUUUGUAAAUAGCACGUCUGGACGUAUGUAGUUGUAUAUUUUUAUUGUAGGUACUAUUAAUUUUUAGAUAAUAUUUUAGAUUAUUUUAUAAUAUAUUGUUGAUAUUUUGAGUUGGCAACAGUGUAAUUAAAUUUACUAUAAAAUGUGAUGACUGGUGUUGUGAGUUAAGGAGAGUUUUUCGAGACGUAAACGGGUGCUAGAUGAUGAAAUUUGGCCUUAUUAAAUUGUUGACUGUUCGGAGAGACAUCACUUGAUUUUGGUGACAAAACAAAUUCGCUAUGCUUAGAUUAUGUAGCCCCGGUUAAGUUACACGUGUUUAGAAUCUAACUCAAAAUUUGUAACGUUUUAUGACUCAUAGACUUACCUUUUUUAUUUGAAAUAUAAUGUUUUAAUGAAAAUUCAUGUGAUUAUUUAAACGAUGAAAGGUGUUUUUACUUUAUCCUAUAUAUUUAUGAAUCCUUUUGACGUCGAAAUAAUUAUCGUCGGACUAUGAAAUCUAUUAAAUACCAGUAAUAGUAGAUCAAUGAAUAAAAGGUA